UCAGUGUGUUUGGAGCGUUAGUUUAGUACACAGUGCGUGUAGAGGCAACUCUGAACGGUGACACACACGGACUCUAGUCCCGGAAAAAAUGAUUUAACAUUGAUUAGUGUUUGAUGUUAUAGUUUUAUUUUCAGUGUUUUAUUAUUAUUUGUUUGAUGACCCAGUUCUCUUGAGUUUGUACCAGUAUGGAUAAGUUAAGCCUUAUUGGAUAUGUAAACACCCGAGCAUCAACUUUUGCAACAAUUACCUUUCCUAGCAACAACCCGCGUGGGAUUCCGGGCAUAAUAACGAUUCGAAAAAUAUCAUCGGCAGCCAUGUACCUCCUAUUCCUAGGCGUCCUGCUAGCAGUUUCGUCGACUGCCGACGCGUUGCUGGGAUGUCCCGCCGGAUGCAUGUGCAACGACGACACCUACGUCGUACAGUGCGAAAGGAGCAAGUUGGAUGUCAUCCCCAUCACCCUAAACCCCGCCAUUCAACGGCUCGUGUUGAGAAGCAACAAAAUUAAAACGGUGGACGCCUCGUUUCAGUUCUACCGAGACCUGCAGUACGUCGAUUUGUCCAAUAAUCACCUAGUGAACAUCCCCACUAAGAGUUUCUUACACCAGGAAAAGCUGCAAGAGCUCCACCUCAACAAAAACAAGUUAUCCUCCAUCAACAAUAGGACGUUCCAGGGACUGAAAUCGCUGACCGUUUUAAACUUGCGCGAGAACUUCUUAGAGGAGUUGAGCAGAGGUUUAUUUUCAAUUCUCCCGAAACUAGAGGAACUAAAUUUAGGUCAGAACAGAAUAUCUAAAAUAGACGCUCCAGCCUUUGACGGUCUCUUGUCUUUGAGGGUAUUGUAUUUAGACGACAACUUGUUAAGCUCCGUGCCCACUCCGUCUUUUCCGGUCCUGGGGAGCUUAGCGGAGUUACACGUCGGGCUAAAUGCAUUCACAACUUUGCCUGAUGACGCUUUCAAAGGUCUGGGAAAGCUCUCGGUGCUAGACAUCAGUAGCGCCGGUCUCUGUAACGUUAGCGCCAACGCCUUCAGGGGACUAACUGGAUUACGCAAUUUGAACUUGGCCGACAACAAACUGACGCAAAUCCCUACCGAGCAUCUCUCGCAUUUGGCACGUUUGGAAGAACUAACGAUUGGCCAGAAUGAUUUUGCCACUAUACAAAAAGGCGCAUUCAAAGGACUAACUAAUCUAAGGAAGAUUGAUAUCACUGGUGCUAAAUAUUUAGAACAUAUUGAGAAGGGUGCUUUCAGCGAUAAUUUAAACCUGGAAACUAUCAUUUUAGUUAGUAAUAAGAAGCUAGAGAAACUAGAGGACGGUACUUUGGUGGGCCUUCCGAAUCUGAAGCACUUGGUUCUGAGGGAGAACUCCUUCAAGACGUUAUCUGAGUCGAUAACGUCCUGGAAUGAACUGCGUGCUUUGGAAUUGACAGACAACCCCAUCAACUGCGACUGUCACUUACUCUGGCUGUUGAACUCGAUAAAUUCGAAGAACCUGACCAACGUACAGUGCUCGACGCCUUUACAACUGAGGGAUAGAUCCCUGAGAACCCUAACUGCCGACGACUUGGGUUGUUCCUUCAGCGAUCCCCGCCAACAGGCCAUUAUAAUCUUCUGCCUGAGCGCCCUAGGGCUCCUGGCCGUACUGGGGCUGCUGCUUUUUCGUUACCGUCAGAGAGUGCGUGAGGCGCUCAAGGACUACAAGUGGAACAAGCGCGCCAUCAGCAGGAAGGAGCACGAGUACCAGAAGACCUUCUCCGACGACGACUACAUCACGCGUUCCGGUCAACACCAUAUCAAACCGAUACCUGUGACGGAGUUGUAGCUAGAGCUUAGCGCGCCGCCCUCAGGGGUGUUUUGUCUUGACGGGGAGGGCAGGCGUGCUAGGGGUCCGCGAGGACCGGGGGGCACCUUGCCCGUCACUGGCUUCACCUACAUCACGGGUGAGUCCUGCAGGGCCCACUCCAUGAGGGCCCUCAACGAUAACCGGAACGGAUUGCCCAAGUGUCACGCCGCGGACCUUUACCAACAUUAGUUCGGGCAUGGAGCACAGUUACUGAGCAAUAAUGAAUGAAUCCAUUCCAAUGUGUGAUUUUACGAAAUAUUAGAGACUGUACAGUAGCCGCUAAGUAUAUUUUUUCGUUUACGACAAAAAUACUAUCCAACAUGUGUCGUCUCCUAGGCAAUAUGUGAUAUUUAUCACGGUCCGAGUCUGGAAAUUAAUGGACCACACUGCAAGGGUAACUUCCUUUAAUUAAGCCUAUUUAAAUCAAGCUGUUUUAGUUUUCAUAAAAAGUUAUGGGCAUUCAAUCAUUUUUUUAUUUCAUUCUUUUAAUAUAACUCCAUUUUUUAAAAUAUUAGGAUAAAAUUUAGUAUAAAGGUGAUUUUGAGUAGCUGAAGAUGAAUUCAUGCCUACUUUUUACGUAAAACAUAGAAGUUGAUAAGAGUAUCUUUUUAUUGAUAGAGAUUUUGAAAAACGAUCCGGUUUAUUUACUGCAAAAAAUGCAUUGCUUCAAUGAAAAAAUAGAUUUCAAUGUUACACAAAACCCAAUAUUUGGAAUAUUAAAAACUAAACUGCCAAUGUUGCCAACUUUUUCCUUUGUUAAACACUUUCUUGAUUUUAAUUAACUUUCCUCUAUUGAAAAGUCAAAGUUACUGAGAUAUGCCCCUAAAUGAAUUUCGUAGAACUACUAUAAUAGAAUGACUCUCAUUGGAUGCUAACACUUGAAUUAAGAUAACUCAGUAUAAAUUGUAGAAAAUAUUUAAUAUAAUUUAAAUAAAUUACAUUACGUUUUGUUUUUCAAAAUCUCUGCCCACAAACAAGAGACAGAUAUUAUGUUUUAAGUAAAAAAGUAAACUUAUAUCCAUUUUUUAUUACUCCAUAAAUUCCCCUAUAUAUGUAUAGUUUACUUAAACUUCUGAAAAAGUGACUUAUGUUACUCGUUUGCCGGCCAGUAUCUUUUUAAUGAAACAAAAUAUAACAAAGAUAACGUGAUCUAAAUAUGUUUAUGUCCAUCAGGUACCCUUGAAGUAUGACCCAUUCGUUUUCAUAUACCCUGUAAGGUCCCAAAAAUGAAACAAUCCCCAACAUUGCAUUGGAUACUUUUUCAUUCAAGCGAAUGAAAAAUAGUUUCUGCUGAUGGUCAUAUGUUGCACAAUCUUCAUUGGUGGACCCAGUAAUUGUAGAACGACUGAUUUAAUUUCACAUAUUCCUUAGGAAACGAGACAGAUAGAACAGAGGCGUAAUAACAAAUUAGGAUAAAAUGAAUUACGUUUAAAACGUGUCUGUCUAGUGUGAGCAUUAUAAAUCAUGUCAUUCGUUAUACUCGUGGUUUUGGUGAGAUCCGAGGUGUACAGUUAUGUAAAGUGUUGUCAACUUUAUCCCAAGGAAAUAUUUCUAAAUUAAAAUGUCUUGCCUCUUUAGUGAUAUUUCCAAGAAUGUAUUAACUGUACACAUGAAUUAUAAUGUGAGCGAAAUGUCGGAUUUACAGAAUGAUGUUUAACAAAAAAAAAAAAGAAGAAGAAAAUUCAAAUGUGAUAUUUUAUGACUGCGUAUGUUUAGUUGUUGUGCCGUCAGAUGUUUUUAGUUUUUCUGGCCGUUCUUUUACGUGUACAAUUUGUAUAUAUUAAAAAUCUGAUACGUUGCACUCUCUAAAUUAUGUGGUCAUAGCAUAGCACUGAGUACUUUUUAACAGAUUUUGUAUUUUCAAUUAUUUUGAAAAUAUUUAAAUCGAUGUAUAUAAUAUGCAAUAUUUCUAUAUAUAUUUGUAUAUAUUCUAAAUCUAGCAAAGUGUAACGUUCUAUAUUUAUUAAUUUUUUAUUGUAUGAACGAAUUUAUAGAUGGUAAAUACUGCAUUCCCAACAAAAAUAUACAAAAAGUACGAAUGUGGCGAUGAAUCACUUGUAUAAAUUGUUUUGUUUUUAAAAUAUUUAUCUUUAAUUUCUGUUUUAGAAAGAAAAUGUACUAUUUAUUUUUGGUAUUUAUUUCAGCCCAAAAUUGUGUAUAUCAGUAAACACAAUUAUGAACUAGUCAUAGUAAAUUAUUAUAGCUGGAGUGAAUGGACUUUGAUUUUGUGAGUGCAAAGGUAUUAAGGCAUUUUAUAUUGUACAUAAUAAAUUUAGUGUUUUGUACAUAUUGACUUUAUCUUAACUAUCAUACUUAUUUACAAUAAACAAAUUUCAGACCUUAAA